AUAAAAAAAAGAGAAAGAAAACAAUAAAUUAUGUUGUAUUAAUAUUUUCUUUUUUGCAGUAUUACAAUAUAGUUUCACAUUAUUAUUAAUUAUUAUAUAUAUCGAUAUUUCUGUAAUCAUAUUUUUGCAUGUUCUGUUAUAAACGAAGUAUUAAUAUAUAGAAUAUAUAUAUGGGAAUGAGCACCUCCAUUUUAAACAAACAGACAUUAAUACUGGAGUAUUAAUGGAGGGCCUAAUUUUUGUUACGAAUCCCACAUAUAUAUAUAUAUAUAUAUAUCAUACAUAAAAAAGAAAAAAUAUUUUAUUUAAUCUUUCUUAUCUGUAUGUGUGCGUGUAUAUAUGUAAACAAUAUAACUUUUCUAAACAAAUGCCACAUUAAAAGUUCACAGCUUUGAUAAGAAUUAUUUUAUAAAAAAGACCAAAGAAUAUUCUUUGAUAUAUUACAUGGAACACGUAUUAUAUUUGUGACAAGCUGUUAACAAAGAGUGUUUACGCUUAUUAUAAUUACAACACGAUAAGACUGAUUUAUACUGAUUUGUAAAUGAAUUUACAAAAAAAAAUAUAAAGUUCCUAUGUAAACUAUUAGACUUGAAUAAAAAUAAUAUAAUAGUAUUAAUAUAAUAAUGAAUACAUAACAGUGUUGUAUUAAUACAUUGACUGCAGUUAUGCGAAUAGAUCAUUGUUACGCGCGCGCGUUAUAUGUACAUUAUAAUAUAUAAUGUAUGCAUAUAUAUGUACACAUAUAUAUAUAUAUAUGCAACAUUAUAUGUAUAUAUAUAUGUAUAUAUGUAUAUAUACAACGAUAUAAUAUACGAUUGUCAAUAUUUUAUUAACGAAAAAAAAGAGAUUUUAAUAAACAUGCAUUUAAUCUAAUAUCGAUCUCUCUUUAAUUAAUUAUUGUAUGGAUAAAUAUUUUUACAUUUUUUUUGUAUAUUGCUGCAUACUUUUAAUGGUAUUGUGACAUAGGUAGAGAAAGCCGUUAGUUAUUAUGGAGAAAGUAGUAUAAUGGUCGGCCUAAAUUCUUACUGAGUUUUUAUCUCUAAGUCAAUAAAACCUGUUAACAAAUAGUUAUAUAUCCAGUAUAUCGGAUGAACUUCCAGUGAAUGGAUGCUCCCGUGACUCUAUUUAUUUGUUGAUUUAUUCAAAUUUUAUUAACGUAUAUCUUUAGUCAGAGAAUAUAGCAGUGUAAAUAGAAUUAUACAUCAACGAAUAUAUAUUAAAUUAUAAAUACAGUUAAAGAGCAUAAGUGUUCGUUUUUUUCGUAAAUUCAAUUUUGAAUGAAGAAGAUAUAGCAAUAUAGUUACGAUGAAUAGAUUAACACUACCCGUAUAUGAAUUUUUAAAUGAAGAAAAAACGAAAGAAUUAUUAAAAGUAUUCAAGGGUGAGAGAACUGGUUGGGUAAUGGUUGGACCGAAAAAAUAUAUUUUUCCAUCUAACUACACAAAACAAGGAGAAGGAUUUUAUAAUUUCAAAGCAAAAUCCACUGAUAUCUGGGUAAUGUCCUAUCCAAGAUCAGGAACCACAUUGACUCAAGAACUUGUUUGGAUGUUGUCCAAUAAUUUGGAUUAUGAUACAGCAAAAACUAAAUAUCUUACAGAAAAAUUUCCAUUUUUGGAAUUUUCUUUAUUUAAUCACCCUGAAGUAACACAGGAAUUUAUAGAAAUGAAUAAAGGUGAUUCAAGUAAAGAGAAAUUAUGCAGAUCAAUUGCAAGACCUGGAUAUGAAGUUUUGGAAGAAAUGUCUUCACCCAGAUUUAUUAAGACACAUUUUCCAUUUAGUCUAUUACCUAAUAUUUUGGAAUCUGGUUGUAAAAUAGUUUAUAUUGCAAGAAAUCCUAAGGAUGUAGGCGUUUCAUGGUAUAAUUUGUGUAAGGAUAUAAAAACAAUGGGUUAUGUAGGUACAUUCGAACAAUUUUGGAAUUACUUUCAAAAUAAUUUAACUCCAUGGAAUCCAUAUUGGGAACAUUUAAAAGAGGCUUGGGCACUUAAAGAACAUCCUAAUGUUUUGUUUAUAUUUUAUGAAGAAAUACAAGCAAAUUUCCUGCAAACUACUAAAAAAAUUGCAACAUUCUUAGGAAAAGUAUAUAGUGACGAACAAUUAAAUAAACUUGCAACAUAUUUGGAUAUAAAGAAUUUUCGUAAUAAUGAAAUGGUAAAUUAUUCAGAAUUAAAAGAAUGCAAUAUCAUGGAAAAAAAAACGUUUGUUAGACAAGGGCAAAGUGGUGGUUGGAAGGAUUUCUUUACACCAACAUUAGAAAUUGAAGCUAAUCAAUGGAUUGCAGAAAAUUUAAAGAAUACUGAUAUGAGAUUCCCAAAUUUUAACAACUUAGAUUUCGAAUUAAUAAAAUAAAAUUGAUGAAAUAA